GCGAGCAUCAGACUGCACUGCCCUCAGUCCCCCUCAUUGAGGAGGUUUAGGUUGUGAAGGCUUCGUGAAAGGCUGCGAGAGAUCCCAGGUGACCUCCGCUCCCACCACGCCGUGCCGCGUCCUCUCAGCACAGCCCCUCGCCCCCACCGAGUGGUCAGUGGAUUUUAUAAUCCAGAAAUAAAUGAAUCACAACCAUGAAGAAAUUAUGAAGAAAAUCAGCGCAGUGAACCUUGACACACUUUUAGAUAACUUCUCAGAGAUAGAAAAGAAAAUAUCAGAAAUUAAUGAAGCAAAUAACCUACUGGUUCUUGAGCUGGAAAAAUGUAGCAGGUUGUUAACAAUCAGCCAAUCAAAGGAGGAGUCAGUAAAAGAAGAAUGUACUACUCUACAGAACGUGAUAAAAGGUCUAACACAAACUAUUGAGAACCAGUGCAACGUGAAAGAGGAAAAUGAUAGGCUGAAGGGUACCAUUCACAUCUUGGAAGAGAAACUAAAGGCUUGUGAACAGGAAUGUAAAGAUCAGAUUGAGAAGCUUGCAACAGAAAUGAAAAACAAAGAGGAAGACCACAAAUUAGAAAUAGCACAGCUGAACUGCGAUAUGAGAAAACAGUUUGAAGUAAAAGAAAUGGAGUACAGAGAACAGAGAGAGAAAAAAGAACUGGAAAUAUCAGAACUAACUCGACAGCUCAAAAUUCAAAACGAAGAGAAGCAGAAUGAAAUCAUUAAGCUGCAGAUAGAGUUCAAUGCUAAAUUAGCAAGAGUCCAGAAUAAAGCAACAAAGUCAUUUUCAGAUGCUUCUGUCUUGCCACAAACUAUCUAUCGAAGGAAGUUGCAGCACCUCCAAGAGGAGAAAAACAAAGAAAUCGAAGUCCUACGAAGCACCAUAAGAGACUUAGAGCAACGUCUUAAUAAAGGUCAAGACCUGCAAUCCAAACGGAGGAGACUCUGAGUAAAUGACAUUAAGUAUUUCAGUAGUAUGUAGGAUGAAAGAUAGAAACAGUGCAUUCCAAACUGUGUGUAUAAAAGCAGAAAAAAAGACAUGAAGAAAAGACAAGUAUUUUUUUAUUGAAAACGCUCUUGUCAAACAUUCCAGAGGCAUCACAUUCUGUGUAUAUUCAGGGCUACUUUCCUGCUUAUCAGCACUCACAAUAAAAAGCUUCAGGUUUCAGAGGAGAAACAGUUUUCCUAUAAAACCAUCAUUAAUUAUGGUGUACACUGUCAAAGCAGUUUUCCUUUCUUGAAUAUUCACUUCUUCAUCCAGGAAUCCCUCAAACAACUGUAUUUUUUCCUUCAGAUCAGUUAGUCACAGGUUAUGAAUGCUAAGCUACAGAGAGAGAGGUUAUGCAAGUUUAAGUGGUGUAUUGACUUACUAAUCAAUAUGUACUUUAUUAAAUGCAGUACUGUUAUUAUAAGCAAAGAUAAAUGUUAAACCAAGAUUAAAUUUCUUCUGCCCCUCCCUUUUUUGGACCCUGAUUCUGUUCAAAGUUGUUAACACUGAUUUCUUACUUUAGGCACAAUCUUACUGAUUUAGUGGGAUUUUGCAAGCUACAGUAACGCACAUCAGUGGACUCUGAAGCUGUGUCUCAGCCACAAAAGUAAA